GGGGAGGGCGAAGGCGGGCUCGGCUAGCCGGGCGGGUCGACUGCUCCCGCGGUUCCGCUCGGACCCGGGCCCAGCGUCUGGCCUCGCGAUGGAAGCUGCUGUGCGGACGCUGAGCACGUCAGCAUCCUCGAGGGAACCACAUCUCUGAAAUCCGGAGAAAACCUCGCCCACCCACUUUCUCUUUACUCCCACUUUGGGGUCACUAUUGGUCCUUAGUCCUAUAGUGUCACCCUAGUUCAACAAAGAAGCAGGACAAUGAUGCUGACUUCGGUGCUGGGCAGCGGCCCUCGGAGUUGGUCUUCACUUUGGCCCCUCUUGGGGCCCUCACUAUCACUCCGGGCUCGCUCAACAUCAGCCACCGAUACACACCAUGUAGAGCUGGCCAGGGAACGCUCCAAGACUGUCACCUCCUUUUACAACCAGUCAGCCAUUGAUGUGGCUGCAGAGAAGCCCUCAGUCCGCCUCACUCCCACCAUGAUGCUCUAUUCUGGUCGCUCACAGGAUGGCAGCCACCUUCUGAAAAGUGGCCGCUACUUGCAGCAAGAGUUACCAGUGAGGAUUGCUCACCGCAUCAAGGGCUUCCGUAGCCUUCCCUUCAUCAUUGGUUGCAACCCUACCAUACUGCAUGUGCACGAGCUAUACAUCCGGGCCUUCCAGAAGCUGACAGACUUCCCUCCGAUCAAGGACCAGGCAGAUGAGGCCCAGUACUGCCAGCUGGUAAGACAGCUGCUGGAUGACCACAAGGAUGUGGUGACCCUGUUAGCUGAGGGUCUUCGUGAGAGCCGGAAACACAUCCAGGAUGAAAAGCUAGUCCGGUACUUCUUGGAUAAAACACUGACGUCAAGACUUGGGAUCCGAAUGCUGGCUACUCACCACUUGGCGCUACAUGAAGACAAGCCUGAUUUUGUUGGCAUCAUCUGCACUCGUCUGUCGCCCAAGAAGAUUAUCGAGAAGUGGGUGGAUUUUGCCAGACGCCUGUGUGAGCACAAGUAUGGUAAUGCCCCUCGAGUCCGCAUCAAUGGACACGUGGCUGCCCGGUUCCCCUUCAUCCCCAUGCCGCUGGACUACAUCCUGCCUGAGCUGCUCAAGAACGCCAUGAGAGCCACAAUGGAGAGUCACCUAGACACUCCCUACAAUGUUCCAGAUGUGGUCAUCACCAUCGCCAAUAAUGAUAUUGAUCUCAUCAUCAGGAUCUCAGACCGGGGUGGAGGAAUCGCUCAUAAGGACCUGGAUCGGGUCAUGGACUACCACUUCACCACAGCUGAGGCCAGCACCCAGGACCCCCGAAUCAGCCCCCUCUUCGGCCACCUGGAUAUGCACAGUGGUGGCCAGUCAGGACCUAUGCAUGGCUUUGGCUUCGGGUUGCCCACGUCCAGAGCCUAUGCAGAGUAUCUCGGUGGUUCCCUGCAGCUGCAGUCCCUGCAGGGCAUUGGCACAGAUGUCUACCUACGGCUCCGCCACAUUGAUGGUCGGGAGGAAAGCUUCAGAAUCUGAUGGUGGAUUUUGGCUGGCUAGCUUGCCACACUCCUCGGGGGACCCCUGCCACACUCCUCGGAGGACCCCUGGGCCUGGCAGGGGGCCGCUGUGCUCUGCAGACUGCCGCCUGGUGGAGCUUAGGGCCUCAGACAGGUGGACUUAGAUGGAGCUGGGCACCAACCACUCCUCCUCAGCAAAGCUUGCUGCUUUCUGCCUCCCCGGCCUUGAGGGGAGGAAGCAGGCACCUCUGAGGCCUUUCACACCAGCUCUGCUCUGCUUACUCUCGAGGACUCCUCUGACCUGCUGCUUAUUAAAGUUUGCAUUUUUAAAUGCCC